AUGGCAACUGCAGCAGCAACCUCGUCUGGUAUGCCACUCGCUUUCCAGGCGCGCUGUGUGAACAGCCUGGUUGGUAGGGUGAACGGACUGCCCGGCGGUCAAGCAACGCCGGAUUUGGUGCUGGCAAGAGACACUCGCGUUGUAGAAAGCUAUAAGUACACAAAGAAGGUCGGGUCCUAUCUGCUAGGCCGUUGUCUGGGCAGUGGUUCCUUCGCCAAGGUACACGAAGCCCUACAUCUGCCCACUGGUGAAAAGGUGAACCCGUGUUCUUUGACCACUUGUGUAGUUGUUGGCAAGCCUCGUUUUUCGUUUGCAGACAAUUUUCACUCUGUCUUUUGCUUAACUUAUGCAAUCUAUCGAAUCAGAUUUGUUUGCUUCAUAACUGUCCUUUAA